UUUGGAUAGCAGUGUAGCCGGUGUUAUGGAGCCGCUUCUCUUGACUCGGGUGUUUUCUUUCUCCUCUCUGUAGUGGAGCUCGCUGUCUGAGCCUGAGUCAGAGUUUAUACAUUUACUCUCUUUAUAGAUCAGAUGAAUCCGGCUUUGGAGAAGAUGAACGGAGCGGCGUUCCCGUCUCCUACAGCCGAGAUGGCCGAGAUGAACCGCAUCCACUACGAGCUUCAGUACACGGAGGGCAUCAGCCAGCGCAUGCGCGUGCCUGAGAUGCUGAAGGUCACUCCGUACACGAGCGAGGAGAAAGACGGCAGCGCCAAUCCAGACCACGAGUUGCUGCACACCACCAUGAUGCAGGUCCCCGACAGGAUCCUCGUAGCAGUAAAGAGGAGACAUCUCCCACAUCUGUCCUCUGUAGAAGACCAUGAAGACAUGCAGUUCUACAGACCCAGAGAUCUGGAUCUUAUCCAGUCCACGCCACUUGAGACCCUGUCUCUGAAGACUCCUCCUCGGGUUCUCACCCUCAACGAACGCCCCCUCGACUUCCUGGAAAUGGAGCAGCCCAGUGAAGAGGUACGCACUCAGAGCAGAGCACGCAGAGAACGUUCAGUCAGCGAAAACACAGCUGUGCGUCACAACGGCCAGAUGUCCCGAAACGACUCCUCUGUUUGUCCUCCUUCCCCCUCCGCCCUGCGCGCUCUGUCGCUCCGUCGUCCUCCCGAUGAGGCGCAGGGUGUUUCCGGCGCGCACGGCGUUCUCUCCUUCCUCCAGUCCAGCACACGUCGGGCCUACCAGCAGCUCCUGGAGGUCCUGGACGAGAACCAGCGCAGUAAGCCUUCUCUGAGAGGGGGUUCCACCUCCUCUAACCUCCAGCAUGAUAACAGAUUUGCCCUGGCUACACUGGACACGACUAUGGAAGGUGGAGAAGACCUGGCCGUGGCAGACGCUACAGCUUUAAGGAGACAGAUCAUUAAGCUGAACCGACGGCUGCAGCUCUUAGAGGAAGAGAACAAAGAGCGAGCCAAGCGCGAGAUGUUCAUGUACUCCAUCACCGUAGCCUUCUGGCUCAUCAACAGCUGGGUGUGGCUCCGGCGCUGAAUCACCAACCACCCUGCUUCACCUAAGCUCCGCCUCCUCGCUCCUCACUUCAAGUGUCAAACGUCAGCCCCGAUUUCUGCACUUGUGUCCCAGAGCUCGAGGAAGGCUAAAAGACACACGUCCUGUUCUUGUAUAUUUGUGAAUUGUUUUUUUUUUUUGUUUUUUUUUUAAAACAUUGACAUCAUUGUUCUUAAAGGCCAUGCAUGAAUCAGGUGUAUAUACACAUAUAUAUAUAUUCUCAUGCUUUUGCUGCUCUCUUAGACGAGAUUGCGCAUACACAAAGCCCUGUGCUUGUAUUGUUCUCAGAUCAUGUUAUGCCUGACUGUAUUCCCACAAGCACAACUAUACGGAUAAAGAUGAGCCGAUUCCCGACGUGUGAAAUGUUGCGUCUGGUCAAUACGGACCCAGGAAAACGGGACACACUCGUCUAAAUAUCUCGCUAAUAGUCUGACUGAUAGUGCUUAACGUAUCGGAAUGUUGUGACGAUAUAAGGAUCACCCGGGAUUUUUUUGUAAAGCUGUUCUACGUCUUGAAAUUUUCUGUAACGUCUUGUUCUGCCUUUCUUGUGAUGGAUGUGACGAUCGUGUUGGGAAUUUGAGACCAUGUUUGGAAUGAGAUGACUAUAAUUAUGUAUUAUGACCACACUCUCUCUCUCUCUCUCUCUCUCUCUCAUAUCCAUAUGCACUCUAACUACAGAACGAUUCUAUUUAAAUAAAGAGUACCUCCAUA